AUGCCACCACCACCGGAAGAUAUUCAUCACUCAAAUAAGAAGAAAAACCUCACUUUUGAUCAAAAGAGAGCAAUUGUACAAAUGUUAUUCCAAGAGAGUCAACAUGGAGUACUAGCAAAAGGAGUCAUUUCCAAAGUUGCCAAUCAUUUUUCUAUAUCUAUAAGAUCAGUUUCUCGAAUUUGGCAUGAUACAAAAGCUUAUAUUGCAAAUGCAAAUGUACAUGAUUUAUCUUCAAAGCUUGUGGAAAGGGAAAAUCAACCGUACAUAGAAGAAUCAAAGAAGGAAGUCUUCGACCGCAUUCAAACCCCGUGCAGCCAUAUUUAUCGGACGAUAUCAAUGAUCGAUGAAGGUACACUCAAAUCCAAACCAUUUUUUAUUAACAUGUAUGAUCGAAUUCAUAUUGAUGAAAAAUGGUUUUAUAUAUCUAAGACUUCACACAAGUAUUAUCUCCAUCCGGAUGAAAUGAAGCCUUAUCGCACAUGCAAAAGUAUACGAUUUAUUGCAAAGAUUAUGUUCUUAGCUGCGGUGGCUCGUCCAAGAUUUGAUGAUAUCUCCAAUAAAGAAUUCAAUGGAAAAUUUGGGAUAUGGCCAUUUGUGUUUAAGGAACCAGCCAAGCGGAGUAGCAAAAAUCGUUUAGCGGGGACUUUGGAGACAAAGCCAAUUUUAUCAGUUACUAAAGAUGUUAUUCAUUCAUGUUUGAUCGAAAAAUUCUGUGGGAAGAUAUGGGUUACUCAUUUAUGUUGUCAACCUCUAAAUAGUCCUGAUUUGAAUGUCUUGGAUCUUGGAUUUUUUAGAGCUAUUGAUUCACUUCAACACCAAGAGGCUCCAAGUACAAUGGAUGAAUUUGUUUUAGCCGUGGAGAAUGCUUUUUACAUGUUCCCCGAAGAAGAUUUAAACAAUGUCUCUUUGACAUUACAAUCAUGCAUGGUUGAGAUUUUAAGAAAUUUUGGUGGGAAUAACUAUAAGAUUCCACAUAUGAGCAAGAAAAAAUUAAUUAGAAAUGGGCAAUUAUCAAUUUGCAUUGAGUGUGACUCUCAAAUUUUGAAUGAUGCAAUGGAAGCUACUCGUGAAAUACAAGGAACUCAAGAAACUCAAGAAUGA